AGAUGUCGUAUAAUAUAAAUUACAACACAAUAUUUUGUUGUUGUUGAGAAAGGUGCAUUUUAUUGAAGAGGGGGGAAAAAGUUACACGAUCUAGAUAGCAUGGCCUCUAAAGAAAGGAGAAUGAAAGAGAAAACAAAACAUACAAUUAUGUGGAAAUAGACUGGUACUAACUACUAACUACUAAGCUAAAGCAUAACCAAUAAGGCCCCGGGUCCAAGAAAAUUAGAUGGAGCAGCUUCAAUUGUGGGCCUAGUAUGAACCUGUAAUCCGUCCAAAGGAAUUGUUGGGAUAUAUUAUCCCGGCCUAUUACUGUUCAGGAACCCAAGACAUUACCCAGUACGGAGCCCGAGCAGUUGGCCCAUUCCGGCCCAUUAGGCCCGAUAUUGGCCCGUUUGGCCCAUUAGGCUGGAGAGCACCCUUUCCCCUUUGUCUAUAAAUAGGGAGCUUAGCCUCCAUAUUAUGGAUGGGAUCUUUCCUUAGCUUAUUCUUCUCCCUUCUCUCUAGCUAGCUUACAAUACUCCAUUAAUGGGAGCUCAAAUUGUACUAUGUAAUGGUGAGGAGAGUCCUAAUGAGAAAGAGAGGGCUUGGACAUUAGCCUAAAAAGUCCCGUGGUUUUCUCCCUUUCGGGUUUCCACGUAAAAAUAGCUUGUUCAUACACAUUUAUACAUAUAUUUACUAUAUCGUGUUGGAUUAAACUCAACACUGGCGCCGUCUGUGGGAAUCUGUCCAAAAAGAUUCAUGUGUUCUACACAAAAUUCAUUCGAAGUGGACUGUUUUUUAACAAAAGGAAAAAGAAUCUGGAGAUGAAAACAGGAAGAAGCUACUGAUUCUAGCAAGCAAGGGGGGAAGAAGGUCGGACGUGAACAAGGGAAACAAGAAAAUGUUUCUGGGAAGAUGAUUAUAGGGAGGACUGAUUUCAGGGAAACAAUGGAGAAAUUCAGAUCUGGGGCCAGGAAUUCCAGCUUCGGGGAAUCUGAAGACCCAUCGCCCAAACGCCGGUGGCUGCGAGCAGAGCCAUAUCCUUCGCCGUGGCAUGGUUCACAGCUCGAACCUAGCCCCUCCGUCUGAAAAAAUCGAUGUCGCCCGCCGUCGGCUGCCAGCAGGUGGUCACCCUUCCGCCGGGCCAGCCGCUGCUCGGGCACCAGCGUCCCUGCUGACGCAACCUGAGGGAUCUACCAGUUGAGAGCUCCAUGAUUUCCGCCAUUAAUGGAGGUUUCGAGCUCGGAAGAGCAAACAUCUCCGCCGACCACCGUCAAUAUGCGCCAUAAUCACUACAAGGUCUCUAAAGACGAAGGCAUUGAGGACCAAGUAGGAGCAGACGCACAGUGGCCUAUGACUGAGGUCUUGGUUGCAGGACGAAAUUGCCAGCUUGCUGAUGGGAGAGUUGACUCUGGCUAGCUACCACUUGCCCACUACGAAUGAAGUGCAGCAAAGCUAAGUGCUCCCAUAUUCCUAACUUGGCACAUUUGAUUAUUAAUACGGAGUACGAAGUAGUUUAAAAUAUUAGCGUUGCUAUUAUUUGUCGUCACUAUUAUUUAUUAGGGAUUAAAAUAUCCCGAAAUUAAAUAAUGUCGAGCCAAGCUCGAAGUGAUAAUUAGUUUCACCGUCAUUUAAAAUUAAAUGAUCGGUUGUUGUGGGCCCGUUAGCCCGCUCCUGAUCGGCCUUAAUUAGCGGGCGGAGCGUACCGGAAUGGCCUUUGAUAGGAUAACAUCAUUGCUAUUGCCUGUUAUAUCCCUAUUAUUUAUUAGGGAUAAAAUGUCCCGAAUUAAAUAAUGUGGAGCGAAGCUCUGGUGAUGGUUGGUUCAACCAACAUUUUAUUGAAUAUUUAAUUUCUUGUGGGCCUGUUGGCCCACUCUCGAUCAGCUUGAUUAAGCGAUCUGAGCGUCUCCAAAAGGGCGAUGCCCCGACGACGCAUUUUAAUUGGAGGGUUGCGCAUUAGUCCGCACGGCACUACGUGCCCGACGAUCGACGACCGUACCCCAGAACAAUCCGCGCCGCUAGGCGCGAAGUGACUAUUGCCAAACGUGGCCUAUGGGGCCCGAGGGCAGCAAGGCAUUCAACCUCGUUUUUUCGAGGGCAGAGUGACCAACUUGGGUCUGAGUUUGAAAACUCACAGACCGAUGAGUAUCUCUAUGUGACGUUCGGCGGGCUGCUAAUUGGCCCCGCCGCGAGCUGCUACGUACAUUAACCCCGCACGAUGAGCCGGGCCGAGGGUCACGAUGACCCAUAGGCCGGUAAUCGUGGGUGUUAGAAAGAAAACCAUGCAGAUGGUUAUGUGUGUAUACAUAUUGUCGGGCCGUGCGGCCCGUCACCAUGCUUAUUGCGCAGCUGAAGCCGCUCGACGCGCUCGAGUGAAAUGAUUAGAAGACGCUCGGCCCGAGUCUUGAAGACGUGCAGGGCCGGCUAAAGAGGAGACCAUCACGGCUGAGGACCGUGAGACGAGCAUCUCCACCUAGAGGCCGAGGGCCUAGAGGAGACCACCACGGUUGAGAGCAGUGGGACGAGCAUCUCCACCCCAGAGGCCGAUGGCCUAGGAAGAACACCUAGAGGCCGAGGUCUAGAGGCGAAUGCCAUGACAAAGAACCGUGAGACGAUCAUCCAUCAUUCAGAGGCCGAGGGCCUAGAGGAGACCAUCACGGCCGAGGGCCGUGAGACCAUCCUUACAUCAGGUCGGCCUCCCAUUGCCGACACUAUGAUAUCACGACCGGCCUCUCGGCACGGCGUGCGUUCCAUAUUUGAAGACCGGCCUCGUCCCCGCCCUUCGUGGAUGAGGGCCGUUGCUUGAUUCUGUCAGAUCGGCCUCUCAUUGCCGACAUCAUUAUAUCACGACCGGCCUCUCGGCAUGGGGUGAUUAUCAUCUUUUGAAGACCGGCCUCGUCCCCGUGCUGCGCGGACGAAGACCGUUGCUGGAUUUCCUUCAGGUCGGCCUCUCAUCGCUGACAUCAUUAUAUCACGACCGGCCUCUCGGACCGGCGUGAUUAUCAUAUUUGAAGACCGGCCUCGUCCCCCGCCCUCGCGGACGAGGGCCAUUGCUUGAUUCUUUCAUAUCGGCCUCUCGUUGCCGACAUCAUUAUACCACGACCGGCCUCUCGGCUCAGCGUGCUUAUCUUUUGAAGACCGGCCUCGUCCCCGCCCUCGCGGACGAGGGCCAUUGCUUGAUUCUUUCAGGUCGGCCUCUUACUGCCGACACCAUCAUGUUAUGUUCGGCCUCUCGGCACGACAUAUUUAUCUUUUGAAGACCGGUUUCAUCCCCGCGCUGCGUUGGAUGAGAGCCGUUGCUCGGAUAUAUCGGCCUGACUAGACACUAUUGCCAUCUCUAUUAUCAGGACCGACUGCUCAGCAACAUUAUGAUCAUUGUAUAUCGGCUCCCAAUGCCGACCUUCUUGAGUUAGCGAUCGGCUCACCCCUCCCUUUAGGAGGGUGACCAUCGCCUUCGCAUGACGACCAGCAUUUCCAUCGCCUCGUCAUUCUAUUCAUUUUGAUAUCCCACCACCAUUAUGUGUGACAUCACUUGUGGUCAUUCUUAGAACCGAUGAACGUAUUUUCCUCCCUCAAAAAAAAAAAAAAAAAAAAAAAAAAAAAGAGAAAAAAAAAAGAUGGGGAGAAGGGGAGACGAGAUCCUAUGAGAGAGGGAGUCUUGACGAGGUAUGCCUGAUCUUCCUUCGCCGCGUAUGACGAACGUCUCCCGACGCGGAGGUUAGUAGAACGUGGGGGAGGCUAGACGUACCAAAGGGAACCUCGGCAGGAUAAACCAGUUCCUCCCAUUUCCCGUGGAUCGAUGAACACCUUCUGCCAAAGCAGAAGGCUAGUAGGGCCACGAGCAUGGGACGACGAAGCAGGGAAUCCCGACGUGGAUAAACCUGUUCCUCCUUGCGAUCGUUGGAUGACCAAACGUCUUCUUCGAAGUAAGAAGAUUAGUUGGACCACGACAGGGACGAACGAAGAAUAGGGAAUCCCGACGUGGAUAAACCUGUUCCUCCUUGCAAUCGUUGGAUGACCGAACGUCUUCUUCGAAGUAAGAAGAUUAGUAGGACCACGACAGGGACGAACGAAGAAUUGGGAAUCCCGACGUGGAUAAACCUGUUUCUUCUCAUAGUUGGGAUGACGAACGUCUCCUGCGAAACCAGGAGACCAGUACUCACGAGACUUGGGAAGAACAAAGAUCGAGUUCUUUACCGGAAUCUGAUUGCGUGCCGAGUGUACACCGCUUAGCGGUCCAUACAUAGGACCACGGAUACGGUAGACGAACGAAGACCAGCUCCAUGGACCAGACACGCAGGACCAGUUCUCCACCGGAGUCUGUUGCGUACCGAGUGUACACCGCUUAGCGGUCCGUACAUAGGACCACGGAUACGGUAGACAAACGACGAUUAGCUCCCCAGAUCAGGUAGGAGGGACAUCGCCCGGAUUUAUUUCAGGCUCACCAUUCCUUCCCGGAUGGAGUCCUGGCAGACGAUAAGCUUCUCACAGCCAAUCAGGAGAGAGACUUGACACAUCACCAGCACGGCCGAGGGCCAUGAGACGAUUACCACUCACCGAGAGGCCGAAGGCCAUGAGAUGAUCAUCACUAUUUUUCUGCAUCACGAUCGGCCCCUCAGCGCCAUCGUGUCCUGAUUCACGGUUCGGAUCGUCCAUUCCCUUCCAGGGUGGCGACGGACGUCUUAUGCAUCACGAUCGGCCCCUCAGCGCCAUCGUGUCCAGACUCACGGUUCGGCUCGCCCAUUCCCUCCAGGAUGGCGACGAACGUCUUAUGCAUCACGAUCGGCCCCUCAGCGCCAUCGUGUCCUGAUUCACGGUUCGGAUCGCCCAUUCCCUCCAGGAUGGCGACGACCGUCUUAUGCAGUACGAUCGGCCCCUCAGCGCCAUCGUACCCAGCUCACGUUCGGAUCGCCCAUUCCCUCCAGGAUGGCGACGAUCGUCUUAUGCAGUACGAUCGGCCCCUCAGCGCCAUCGUACCCAGCUCACGUUCAGCUCGACCAUUCCCUCCAGGAUGGCGACGACCGUCUUAUGCAGCACGAUCGGCCUCUCAGCGCCAUCGUGUCUCUUUCACGUUCGGAUCGCGCAUCUCUUCCAGGAUGGCGACGAACGUCUGCUGCGGCACGAUCGGCCCCUCAGCGCCAUCGUACCUGGCUUCACGGUUCGGCUCGACCAUUCCCUCCAGGAUGGCGACGACCGUCUUAUGCAGCACGAUCGGCCUCUCAGCGCCAUCGUGUCUCUUUCACGUUCGGAUCGCGCAUCUCUUCCAGGAUGGCGACGAACGUCUGCUGCAGUACGAUCGGCCCCUCAGCGCCAUCGUACCUGGCUUCACGGUUCGGCUCGACCAUUCCCUCUAGGAUGGCGACGACCGUCUUAUGCAGCACGAUCGGCCCCUCAGCGCCAUCGUGUCUCUUUCACGUUCGGAUCGCGCAUCUCGUCCAGGAUGGCGACGAACGUCUUAUGCAGUGCGAUCGGCCCCUCAGCGCCAUCGUACCUGGCUUCACGGUUCGGAUCGACCAUUCCCUCUAGGAUGGCGACGACCGUCUUAUGCAGCACGAUCGGCCCCUCAGCGCCAUCGUGUCUCUUUCACGUUCGGAUCGCGCAUCUCUUCCAGGAUGGCGACGAACGUCUUAUGCAGUGCGAUCGUCCCCUCAGCGCCAUCGUACCUGGCUUCACGGUUCGGCUCGACCAUUCCCUCUAGGAUGGCGACGACCGUCUUAUGCAGCCCGAUCGGCCCCUCAGCGCCAUCGUGUCUCUUUCACGUUCGGAUCGCACAUUCCCUCCAGGAUGGCGACGAACGUCUUAUGCAGUGCGAUCGGCCCCUCAGCGCCAUCGUACCUGGCUUCACGGUUCGGCUCGACCAUUCCCUCUAGGAUGGCGACGACCGUCUUAUGCAGCACGAUCGGGCCCUCAGCGCCAUCGUGUCUCUUUCACGUUCGGAUCGCGCAUCUCUUCCAGGAUGGCGACGAACGUCUUAUGCAGUGCGAUCGGCCCCUCAGCGCCAUCGUACCUGGCUUCACGGUUCGGCUCGCACAUUCCCUCCAGGAUGGCGACGAACGUCUUAUGCAGUGCGAUCGGCCCCUCAGCGCCAUCGUACCUGGCUUCACGGUUCGGCUCGCACAUUCCCUCUAGGAUGGCGACGACCGUCUUAUGCAGCACGAUCGGCCCCUCAGCGCCAUCGUGUCUCUUUCACGUUCGGAUCACGCAUCCCCUCCAGGAUGGCGACGAACGUCUCAUAUGCAGCACGAUCGGCCCCUCAGCGCCAUCGUGUCUCUUUCACGUUCGGAUCGCGUAUCUCUUCCAGGAUGGCGACGAACGUCUUAUGCAGUGCGAUCGGCCCCUCAGCGCCAUCGUACCUGGCUUCACGGUUCGGCUCGCACAUUCCCUUCAGGAUGGCGACGACCGUCUUAUGCAGCACGAUCGGCCCCCUCAGCGCCAUCGUGUCUCUUUCACGUUCGGAUCACGCAUCCCCUCCAGGAUGGCGACGAACGUCUCAUAUGCAGCACGAUCAGCGCCCCAGCGCCAUCGUGUCUGGCUCGUGUUCGGCUCGCCCAUCCCUUCCAGGAUGGCGACGAACAUCUCUUACACAGCUCGAUUGGCCCCUCGGCGGCAUCAUGUCUAGUUCACCUCCGGCUCCGCCCAUGCCGUCUCGGAUGGGGGACCCGUCGUAUGCAGCAUGAUUGGCCCCUCGGCGGCAUCAUGUCUAGUCCACCUUCGGCUCCGCCCAUGCCAUCUCGGAUGGGGGACCCGUCUUACGCAGCACGUCUGCUUCUCGGCGCUGACAGGCCCGGGUUAUCGAUGAGAGCUACUGCUUCUAUCACAUCUUGCAUUCCCUCUCUCAUACAUUACAUACAUACAUUACAUGCAUACAUACAUUCAUGCAUCAUACCUCAUACAUUCAUACAUACACACGUGCAUCAUGUUUUGACAGUACCGCGACGUCGGUUUAUAGAUGAUGGACCUCUAAGCUUCUCCGAUUGGAAAGCUCGAGUCAGAGUUCUUUACUCCCGCCUGAUGCAUUCAGGGGGAGUGUGCCCGUGGAGGAGCACCCUUCGCCCGACCCUGUCAAGAAGGGGGGUGCCUCACUGGUAGAUUACGUUCAGGAGUGCAGACACUCACUCAUAUAUGAUGAUUAUGUGAAGACACAGUUUCCAGCAAGACAGAGGAAGAGCGCAGGCAGAGUAUAUUUUCUCGAGCAGAUUCGCGAGCUCACUACUCAAGAAACUGGGGGACUUGUGUUGGGAUAUAUUAUCCCGGCCUAUUACUGUUCAGGAGCCCAAGACAUUACCCAGUACGGAGCCCGAGCAGUUAGGCCCAUUCCGGCCCAUUAGGCCCGAUAUUGGCCCGUUUGGCCCAUUAGGGUGGAGAGCACCCUUUCCCCUUUGUCUAUAAAUAGGGAGCUUAGCCUCCAUAUUAUGGAUGGGAUCUUUCCUUAGCUUAUUCUUCUCCCUUCUCUCUAGCUAGCUUACAAUACUCCAUUAAUGGGAGCUCAAAUUGUACUAUGUAAUGGUGAGGAGAGUCCUAAUGAGAAAGAGAGGGCUUGGACAUUAGCCUAAAAAGUCCCGUGGUUUUCUCCCUUUCGGGUUUCCACGUAAAAAUAGCUUGUUCAUACACAUUUAUACAUAUAUUUACUAUAUCGUGUUGGAUUAAACUCAACAGGAAUAUAUCAGAACAUAAUGCUUCCAAAAACUCUUCUGAGAGCGGCAUAGAGAGAGACCGGCUUAGAGAGCUCUGGAGGGUUCCGGAGUCCGGCGUCUUUGUUUCUUCAGCCCGUAUCCCGGAAUGGAAUUGAAGGUCAAUUCAUGUGCAUGCGACGGUGGUGGAUGGAGGUUGAACGAAGUGCCCUGUCGCCUUAGAUCGGUCCGGAUAGCUAUCCCCUCGCUGAGAUCUUCUGAGAUUGUCCGACUCUCCAUGUUCUUCAGGUUUUUUUGUUCUGAUCUGAAAAGUGGAGUCUCCAUUUACUCCACAACGACGAAUCUUACAACCUUCUCAAUGAAGAAGGCAUACAAUGAUACAGAGAAUUGAUGCUGAUUUCUUAAAGUCAUUUGUAUCACAAAAGGGGCAGCAACAAUGGUUACGGUUAGUUGCUAAUGGUUACAAUUGAGGUAUAUAUAAUAAUCCAUCUGGGUUGAGAGUUGAAACUGCUUUGAGUAACUGUCCUGUAAAAGACGUGCAAGUGGAAAUGGAACUGUUCCCACUCUUGGACUUUUCAAUUAAACAAAGAACUGCCACGUUGAUGCAUCUGCGAAAAGCCAGGAUAGUUGACCGUGCAUGUUGCGACAGAGUUGUUGGGUGUGGAUUUAACCAUGUUUUGACACGUGUAGCAUUGAAUGGCCAGAUUGCACAUGUUGUUCACACGAUCCUGCUUUUAUAUAUAUAAAGAUUAGAAUGAACACAUAAUUAUAUAGUGGAAAAUUGGACAAUUAUAAUUUACUAACAAUGUGACACUUCCGCUCAAACAUUCGAAAAAUUCUCAUUCAUUA